UAUAAUAAUAAUAAUAAUAGUAAUAGUAAUAAUAAUAAUAAUAAUAAUAAAAUAGAAAAGGUGUCAUUAAAUUUUGUGUGUCGUGUACAAGACGAAGACGGUGUCGUUCGAGUCGUGUUCAGUGACGGAACAGUGUUAGUUUGAAAGCGCGACCUUUCCUCCAUUGGAAAGAGAUAGAAAACACGUGGAAUAAAAGAAAGAAGAAAGAAAAGAGACGGACGUACGAAGGAAGAACCACGUCGACCGUCGCAUGGACCACAACUCGGAAAGGAAACGAACCUGACCCGCUUGCUGAAACGGGGUUACACUUCAACGUAUGAGGGAAACGUAUUAUGUGAGGUGAAACUUGCGACGAGGGAAACGAAGAUGUCCACGAUCAGCGUCGCAACAUGGUUACUCGGAGUCGUCGCUCUGACGACGAUUAAUAACGGCGUUCAUUGUCAGAGUAUGUUGCACGGUAGUAGCGGGAAAAACGGUGGUGAUAGCAGCUACCAACAAAACAGUUUAGAAGACUCAUCACGUUCCGGCCCGUAUUUCGACAAGUCGGCCUCGAAGAACGUGACGGCGCUUCUAGGAAAGACGACGUACCUCAAUUGUCGUGUAAAAAACUUGGGCAACAAAACGAUGACGCUCCAAGUUUCGUGGGUUCGGCACAGGGACAUUCACUUGCUGACUAUCGGUCAGUAUACAUACACGAACGAUCAGAGAUUUCGUGCGAUUCACAAAGCUCAGUCGGAGGACUGGACGCUACAAAUAAAAUAUCCGCAGCAUCGAGAUAGCGGUAUUUACGAGUGCCAGGUCUCGACGACUCCGCACAUGAGCCAUUUUGUGCAUUUAAACGUUAUCGAACCGAAAACCGAAAUACUCGGUGCACCGGAUCUUUACAUCGACAGAGGCAGUACGAUCAACCUCACGUGUAUCAUAUUACAAAGUCCAGAACCCCCAGCUUAUAUAUUCUGGAAUCACAACAACGCCAUAAUUAGCUACGACUCGACCAGAGGUGGCGUGUCCGUGGUCACGGAGAAGGGCGACAGUACGACGAGUUUCCUCCUCGUUCAGGAAGCCAAACCGUCUGACUCCGGACGUUAUACGUGUAAUCCCAGCAACGCUCAACCAAAGUCGAUUACCGUUCACGUACUCAAUGGAGAAUAUCCCGCGGCAAUGCAGCACGGCGGUCAAGCGAAACAACCAAGGCUCUACUCACUGCUGCUUUGUCUGUGCCUGCUUCUUUAUUAAGAAAGGAAAGAAAUAAGGGG